GACCCCAGAUGCGAGCUUUGGCGACAUGACCUUGUCUUCUGAGACUGACGCAAAUCCAGGCGAUCUUUCGCAUGACACAGACCCCUUUUCUAAGAGUCAGCCCUACGAUGAAGAGAUGAAGGACCUUCAACGAUUGUUUCCGGACCUCCAGAACAAUACAUCAGACCUCAAUCCGUCAGAGCUCACAUGGGACAAUGACUUGCCGGCCUUUGAUCAACCUGAUACCCAUACCGAUGUCGAAAGCGCUAUGUUAGCGGCAUUGGGUAGCUCCUUUACCGGCGGGACAUCGAUGACAGUCAGUUCUGAGCUCAAUGAAGGGGAGCAAGCAGUGUCCGCUGGGUAUAGAUCAGCGGUAGAGGGCAGCAGCGGCCACAGCUACGGGAACCAAUGGAGGCAGUCUCUCACUGAUCCCGAUACGUCAAUACCUUAUACAGGAUCGGAAGAGGAGACGUCAUGGCUAGGAUCAUCUCCAGUGGGGCAGCAUGUUCAGACCCCCUCGACGCAUGUUUACAUGACGGAGUCAGCAGAUAAAACAGCGACCGUCGAUCCGAAGGCCAUUUCAUUCGACAAAGAUAGUGACUCGGAAAUGAGUGACGAUGGGUCGGUAGACUAUUGGGACCAAGAAUCACUCGCCGAUGAACCUGUGAGUAGAUGCCUGGGACUGCCUGUUGAUAGGUUCCUCGCCCUCUCUAGCUUGGUCCCGGGGAUGCGCCAGCGCUGAUAGUCACGAACCCUGAUGAUGAGCGCUCCAUCAAUUACACUAGCGAUCCAUCGCAGCAAUUCGAAUCACCUCUAGGCAGAAAAGUUGUUUACUCGCCAGAACCCAGCAGAUCCGGGACGCCUGGCCUUUUGAGUGAAGACGGUGAAAUUUACGAAUCUGACGGUUCGACUCGCGCGCCCUACAGGAGUCAGGGAGAGAGAGAGGCUCAAGGCUCUGGAUCUUUGAGAGGGACAUCUGGAAGGAAGAGGAGCAGGGGUCGCAGGAGAACGGGCUCUGCAUCUGACAGAGGAUCUGGAUCUGGAUCUGGCCUUCCAUCUUCCAGCAGAGUCACGAAAAGCCGAUCAAGUAUUUUGACUAGAAAAAGAUGAUGCUCUGAAAAGGUUGAGUCAUGCCAC